AUGCCGGGGGCAACGGUAUCUCACGUGCUUCAGGAUGCCUGCUUUUCCAAGAGCGAAAACUCGCCCGCCACGGGUACGUUCCCACUGCACAUGACUCAUCGCUGCGUGAACGGUGCAGAUGUGCACGCGACGAGCGGCAACAUCCGGACCGGCAGUGCUACAGACAGGCGCGGCGGCGGCGGCGGCGAACUCGAGCAUCGAUCACGGCAGGCGUGUGCGUGCGUGCAUGCGCGCACGCGCGGCGCAAGUCGCAACAGCCGACGUCCUGGAUGUCCACGUCGCGUGUGUCGGAAGAGUGUACUUACGAGGCGCGUCCUUGGGGGAGUCUCGGCAACAACGGUACCCCCGCUUGGGUCUUAA